GUGGACAAUUAGAGCCAGACUGACCAACAAGUCCGACAUUAGGACAUGGAGCAAUUCUCGUGGAGAGGGGAAACUUUUUAGCAUGACAUUCACAGAUGAGAGUGGAGAGAUCCGGGCUACCGCAUUCAAAGCAGAAGUGGACAAGUUCUAUGAUAUACUGGAAUUGAAUAAGGUUUACUAUGUCACCAAAGCAACCUUGAAAACAGCCAACAAGCAGUACUCUUCAGUGGACAAUGACUACGAGAUGACCCUGAACAGAGACUCCCAGAUAGAAGAGUGCACUGAAGAUGUAGAUCUGCCAACUGUGACGUUCAACUUCACACCUAUAAAUGCAUUGGGCAACAUGGCCCCUAACACCACAGUGGAUGUGAUUGGUGUGGUCAAGUCCGUGGCAGAUGUUUCCACAAUCAUUGCCAAGGCAACACAGAAGGAGCUGAAGAAAAGGGAGGUUUCUUUGGUUGACCAAAAUCAGGUCAUGAUAAACCUCACCCUCUGGGGAGAAACUGCAGAAGGUUUUGAUGGUAGCAAUCACCCUGUAGUGGCAAUAAAGGGUGCAAGGCUCUCUGACUUUGGGGGCCGUUCACUCUCCACACUGUCCAGUAGUCAGUUGAUUGUUAAUCCUGACAUUGAGGAGGCCCACAGGCUUAAAGGUUGGUAUGACAGAGAUGGACACAACCUGGACUUCCAACAGUACAGGAAUGAGGGGGGACAAGGAGGUUCAGGAGGCGCAACUAAUUGGAAAAGCUUUGCUGCUGUAAAGCAAGAAAACAUUGGAGCUACAGAAAAACCAGACUACUAUUCAGCCAAAGGAACAGUGAUAUUCAUGAGGAAAGAGAACUGCAUGUAUCAG